GAGGAAGAGAUAUGGGACAUCUCCAAGCAAGUAGAAAUGACCAUAGAGACCAUUCACAUCUUGAGGAAAGACCUCAGUAAAGCAAAGGAAUAUGCGUCUCAGAUCAAAAGCCAGAUUACUAAAGAUUUCUGUUGCAUGAAGGAAUAUGUUGAAAGACAGGAGAGAAACACACUGACAUACAUUGAACAAGAGCAAAAAGCAGCUCAACAGAAAAUGGAAGAGACUAUUCACCAGCUCUGUGUUGAAGUGAGCGAGCUCACAGACAUCAAAGCCCAAACGAGUAACUUACCUGAGAGACAUAAUUACGAAGGCUCACCUUCAACAAUGAAUAAAAUUACACUCGAUGAGAAGCUUGAUGUUGUCAAAAGUGCUGUAGAAGAUCUUAAGAGAAAGUUGGAAUUUCUACUUUUGGAGAAGUAUGCUCGGCAGUUCCCACCAGUGCAACCUCCAGAUUUGUAUCAGGAGACAAAUGUCUGCUCAUUAUCUCCAGAGCCUGCAGCUAAAAAUCCAGAAACAAUGAUUUCAAGCCGGUUUUCUCAGUGGGCAGAAGAUGUGACUUUUGAUCUCACACGAGUGUAUGAGCGCUUAGCAGUCACAGCCCAGAACAGGAAAGUAAUGGUUUCCAGCCACCUGACUGGUUAUGAACCAUCGCCCAAGAGAUUCUGCAUCAGCCAAGUGAUGUGUUCGCAGAGCUUCUCUACCGGGUGCCACUACUGGGAAGUCAUUACUGAGCACAGUGAUGGAUGGGCUGUUGGAGUUGCUCAUGAAAUGAUUGGUAGAAGGCACAAAUUAGGAAGAACAGAGCAUUCCUGGUGUGUAGAGUGGCUAGGUGCCAAAAAGCAGCUGUCAGCAUGGCACAGGGAUCAAGAAACAUUAUUACACAAUGAUAAACCAUUGAAGGUUGGAGUUUUCCUGGAGCUACAAAAGAAGACCGUGUCAUUUUACUCCAUCACUGACAAAGAAAUGCUUUUGCAUACAUUUGAAAUCAAUACCUCAAAUCCUCUUUACCCUGCUUUCUGGCUAUAUAGUCUAGAAAGAAAUGGAUCUUUAACUAUAAGUCAUACGAACAGGAGGUAA